AAUCCCAUUUCCAAACUCAAAAAUCAAGCAUCAUAUAUAUUGAAUUCACCAAGAUCAGUUUCCAUGGCGGCGAAGCCAUCUCCAGAAGCAGGAGGUAGACCGUCUCGUAAGUCUCGUUGUUCCCGGAAGCUCUCUGUUUACCUCCUGGCCAUCUUCGCCACGGUCUUCAUCCUCUUCCACAUCGAAGUCCUCCGAACCCCAGAAUCAUCUUCCUGGGAUUUCAUCAGUACCAAUUACAAGAACCUACGAACAGUUUUCCUGGACUGCACCACCAAGCUCCAAGAAUCGGUCACUUUUCUCCCUCUCAAGGACCUCCGCUACUCCAGCAACCCCCUUCAAGCGCACACAUGGUUCAUGAGCUCCAUGAACGACACACACGAGAACGGCGAACCCCAGUAUCUGGAAUUCCCUUCAACAGCAUCUAAAGAGAGGGUUUUGUGCCUGAAAGGGAAAGAUGUUCAUGAUGGUUCUUUGAACUCAUACGCACUCGCAUGGCCUGAUUCCCUACCCCCCAACGCCACCCUAUUCACCGGCCUCACAUUCGUCUCUUAUAAUCACUACAACUACGAUAACCUUUGGCACGGUUUAUCAUCGGUCGUGCCUUUCGUCGCCUGGCAUAUCAAGAAUCAGUGCUCGGCUCUGCCGGCGAGGUGGGUUUUGUAUCAUUGGGGUGAACUGAGAAGUACAAUGGGGCCUUGGAUAACUUCACUAGUUAAUGCUACUUUUGGAGAGUUAAACAUUGAAAAAUUUGAAGGAUUUGAUGAUGGAGAUGGGAAGAUGAGUUCUCCAGUUUGUUUUGAGAAGGCUGUGGUAAUGAGGCAUGCUGAAGCUGGGAUGUCGGGGGAUAAAAGAUUGCCAGUAUAUGAUCUGGUGAGGUGCAGGGCCAGGGCUUCCUGCAAUAUGAGCUCGGAAGGUAGGCUCUCCGACGUUGAUGAGAAGGGGAUUCCGGUGAUUGGGAUGACCAUGUUGAUGAGGGCGGGCCCCAGGUCGUUCAAGAACGAAUCGGUGGUUAUUGGAAUCUUCGACAGGGCCUGCCGGAAGGUGGAGGGCUGCCGCCUGACGGUGGCCUAUGCAAGCAACCUUAGCUUUUGUGAACAGGUGAAAUUAAUGAGCUCAACAGACAUAUUGGUAUCUCCACACGGGGGCCAAUUGACCAACAUGUUCCUGAUGGACAGGAACAGCAGCGUCAUGGAAUUCUUCCCAAAGGGCUGGCUCAAGCUCGCCGGAAUCGGCCAAUACGUCUACCACUGGAUGGCCAAGUGGGCAGGGAUGAAACACCGCGGCGCCUGGCGGGACACUGGCGGGGGUCCCCGCCCGUACCCCGGGGGGACGUCUACCACUGGAUGGCCAAGUGGGCAGGGAUGA